AUAGUAAUAAAAAUCAACCAAUCAAAAGUGAAGUUCGAAUAUAUAACACAAUAUGUGUUACUUGGACAACUCUGAUCUUGGAUGAAGUUGCCAAUAUAUAUCAGAACUUGGUUUCAGCUAUUUUGUGCGUAUUAUGGGAGGUUGUAAACGUUGUAAAUAACAGUUCGAAAAGGAGGCUAUCUUUUUACUUAUUUACUUGUAUUACAAGAUUUUACAGGAGUUUAAAAAAUGUCUCGUCAUCGUGAUGUUCGGUGUAUGAAUUAUUCAGAAGAGUAUGAAAAUUACGACGAUGUCUAUGGACAUUCUGUGGAAGAUGACUACUGUGUAUCUCCUAGUGCGGAACAGUUUUUGUUUGAUCGGAGUAAGCAACAAAAUUUUGCAUCCUUUAUUACGGAGCCAGACAUACUAGAAGAUAAUGAAGAUAAUAAAGAACUUUUAUCAACUUGUAAAGAGGAAGAAACAGUGCUUACAGAAAUGGAAAGGGCUAAACUUAUGUCAUGCAUGGAAUCAAUUAAGAAUAUUAUAGGAGAUACAGUACCUGAAUCUGAAGUAAAGAAGAAAAUUAUUCAAUCAAAUUUCAAUGCAGAAGUAGCACUUGAUUUAGUUUUAAAGGAAUCACCCCCAAAAAAUGUUACUGUAAUUGAAUUUUCAGAAUCAUCUGCAAGCCGCAAGGAUAAUUUAGAUCUUCAUUCAGGUAGCAAAUUGUCGUCCAAAUCUACCUUUCAAGUUACAACACCAACCAAUGUGAAAAUUAUACCUGCUGGAAAACGACCUGCUGUACAAGGUUUUGAUCUAAGCGGAAUAGAAAAUACAGAUAUGCUGAAUUGUCGUGUCGAAAGUCCACGUUCUCGAAGUCCAUAUUCUGACCAUAGUAGCCCAGAAGUAAAGAGAAAAGAACGUACUAUGCCAAAGGACAAAAAGACUGUUUCUUCAAGUUCAAACAGUCCACGAUGCCAAUCUCCAGCACCAGGACGUGAAACGCCUGAUUUAGAUUCUAAAACAAAGCUCAAUGAAGAAAAACGUGAUGUUUUAAAAAUAUAUAAAGAUAAAAGAGGAGAUUGCAAAGAACAGAUACAUCUAGUUGUAGUUGGCCAUGUGGAUGCUGGUAAAAGUACUUUGUUAGGUCGACUUUUGUGUGAUUUAGGACAAGUUCCAUCAAGAUUAAUUCACAAAUAUCAGCAAGAAAGUAAAAAGAUAGGAAAACAGUCAUUUGCUUAUGCAUGGGUUUUAGAUGAAACAGGAGAAGAACGGGAACGUGGAAUAACUAUGGAUAUUGGUCAUUCGAAAUUUGAAACAGAAACAAAAUCUAUCACUUUAUUAGAUGCACCUGGGCACAAAGACUUUAUCCCUAAUAUGAUUACUGGUGCUACUCAAGCAGAUGUUGCUUUGUUAGUAGUAGAUGCAACUAGAGGAGAAUUUGAAACUGGUUUUGAUAGUGGAGGUCAAACUAGAGAACAUGCCCUGUUAUUACGUUCAUUAGGUGUUUUACAAUUAGCAGUGGUAGUAAAUAAAUUAGAUACUGUGGAUUGGUCAAAAGAAAGAUUUAAUGAAAUAGUGGAUAAAAUGAGUGUAUUCCUAAAACAAGCUGGAUUCAAAGAUAAUGUCACUUUUGUUCCUUGCAGUGGGUUAUCUGGUGAAAAUAUAGUAACGAAACCGAAAGAACCUUUAUCUAAUUGGUAUACGGGACCUACUCUAGUCGAUGUUAUCGACAAUUUUAAAUGUCCUGAGCGCCCAAUAAAUAAACCUUUCCGUUUUUCAGUUAAUGAUAUAUUUAAAGGUACAGGAUCUGGAUUUUGUGUUUCUGGACAUGUAGAGACAGGUAUGGUAUCUUUGGGUGACAAAGUCUUGGUAUUACCAAGGAAUGAGGUUGCUGUAGUAAAAGGUUUACACGUGGAUGAAAUAUCUACAACAAACGCAUUUGCCGGAGAUUAUGUUUCUUUAACGAUAUCUGGAAUUGAACAACAAAAUGUUGGAGUCGGUGAUAUCAUUUGUAAUCCACAAAAUCCAGUUCCUGUAACUACAUGUUUCGAAGCGCAUGUAGUUGUAUUUGCAGUUAAAAUACCAAUUUUGAGAGGUCUUCCCGUAGUAAUGCACCAGCAAUCUUUAGUACAACCUGCUGUAAUUACGAAAUUAAUAUCUCAAAUUCAUAGAACUACUGGUGAGACGAUAAAAAAGAAACCACGUUGUUUACCAAAAAAUUCGAGUGCUAUUAUUGAAAUUACAACACAAAAUCCUGUUUGUAUGGAAUUAUACAAAGAUAUUAAACAAUUGGGUAGAAUAACGUUACGCGUAGAAGGAACGACUAUUGCAGCUGGAUUAAUUACAAAGAUCAAAUAAUUAAAAAUUUGCGAUAUUUAAUGUUAAAAUGCUAGAUAUUCAUUCGUGCUAUAAUCAAAUUGGAGCUAUAAUACCUACAAUGCUGAAAAUAUAUGAAAAUUAUUACAUCAA